CCUUCAUCCCAGAUACUUACAGGAAAUAAAGAUGCAAUCAAUACCGACCUAUGACCGGAAAAACACUUAGGAAUGACAAUUUAGUGUCAGUUGACAAGAUGAUAUUUAGAGAUACCACCAAUUCACGUCGGUGAUAUCACUGUCGGUAGAUUGUCACAGAUUUUGCAUUGCAGCACUCAUUUCACACAGGACAAUCAUGUCUGCCUUGUUGACUGAGUUGAAGUACUUUCACUUUUUUGUUUUGGUUGCAGUAACAUGCGGACAAAAAUUUUCAGAUUUAGGACCAACGCGGUAUGAUAUGAUCCACUAUCUAUUGGAUGAACGCCGAUAUGACCCAAGCCUUCCACCAGAAUUUUACACAGGAAAUUUAACAACUGUUUCAGUGGCAUUAUCAAUUUUCGAUCUUAAUUCCGAAAGCGACAUAGCAAUGGAGUUUGAAUGUACUUUGUAUCUGCGGAUGAAUUGGACAGACAAACGCCUUGACUAUACGGCAAAUAAAACUACGUAUGACGUUCUAGACUUGGGAGAUGCUAUUGUAGACAAAGCCUGGGUUCCAGACCUAUAUUUUCACCAUUCGAGGAAGACUGAAAUGCACGGACUGUUUUCAAAGAAUCAAUUACUCUAUAUUUACAGAAAUGGCAGUGUGCUCUACAGUGGCAGGUUUAAUAUAAUGUGGCAUUGUCCGAUGAACCUUAAAUGGUACCCUUUUGACGAACCAAACUGCACAAUAACCAUUCAAAGUUAUUCUUUGGACAAGGACUACCUUCUUCUCAAGUGGAAUGAAGGUGAAGCAGUAUGGAUUGAAAGCGAUGUCAAAGAUCUUAAAACUUCCAAUACCACAGAGAAACACACGUAUCGUUCCCCGUACACUAACCCAGUUGGUAAUUUUUCAACGCUUGAGGCUGUACUCUUAUUACCACGUCCAAAACGGUCAUUGGUCGUCGUUUACAUUGUACCACCUAUUUUGUUUUCUGGAGAGUCUCUGAGUUGUUUUCUCCUGGGAGAGGAGAAAAAAAUGAAAGAAAAAGAAAAGGCGGAUAAAGAAAAAGAAACGAAUAAGGAAGAUGGUGAUAAAACAAAACAGCAAAAUCUAGACCAUUCAAAGGAAAAACUGAAAGCAAGGAAAAUGGUGGAAAAGGCAAUGGAAGUAAAUUUGACUGACGUUGAUGAAAGAAAACACCAAAAUCUUGACACUCUAAAGGAUAAAGAGGAAGAAAUGGAAAUUGGGGCAAACGGUGAGCAAAGCAGUACUGAAGGCGGCAAUGAAAGAAGACAGCAAGAUGUUGGUACUUCAAAGGAUAAAGAGGUCGAAAGGGAAAUUGGGACAAACGGUGAGCAAAGCAAUACUGAAGGCGGCAAUGAAAGAAAACAGCAAGGUGUUGGUGCUUCAAAGGAUAAAGAGGAAGAAAGGGAAAUUGGGGCAAACGCUGAGCAAAGCAGUCCUGAAGGCGGCAAUGAAAGAAGACAGCAAGAUGUUGGUACUUCAAAGUCGUGUUUUAAGGAUAAAGAGGAAGAAAGGGAAAUUUGGGCAAACUGUGAGCAAAGCAGUCCUGAAGACGGCAAUGAAAGAAAACAGCAAGAUGUUGGUACUUCAAAG